AUGCGGAAUCAUCAGGAGGACUCGCCGUCAUCGUCUAUAAACGGAGAUGAGAUCUUGGGUAUGGAAGAUGAUGAUGGCAUGGUGUUUCUCGAGGAAGUUGGAGAAAUCGAUUUUAACGAUGAUUACAAUGACGACGAGGAACCAGUGGAAGAGGCUUUAGAAAUGCAAGAAGACAAUUCUAUUUUCAUAUUUAGAGAGCAUAAUGGAUCUGUGUUUUGCUGCGAUAUUAGCCCUGAUGGUAAGCUGGCGGUCACGGGUGGGGAAGACGACAAGGCUUAUGUAUGGAGGAUUGAAGAUGGCCAGUUGGUUAUGCAAUGUCUUGGACAUAAGGAUUCUGUCAUCUUUGCCGGCUUUAGUUUUGAUGGCGCAUUCUUAGCAACAGCUGAUAUGGCUGGACUAAUCAAAGUUUGGAAAUGUGAAGAAGAGACCCAACAAGAAUCAUGGCCUGUUGUCUUUGAAUAUGAAGCACCGGACUUGAUAUGGGGCCUGUGGCAUUUUGGAGCUAGGGUUCUUGUUUUUGGAACAGUACCUGGUGAAAUAUAUGUAUUUAAAGUACCUUCAGGAGAAACUAAAGUCUUACAAGGGGAGAAUACCAAAGCGGAGUGUGGAAUGUUGUUCCACGAUGGAGUUCGUUUAGCUGCUGGUUAUGAAGAUGGUAUCGUAAAGAUUUGGGAUUUGAGGAAAGGAACAGUUUUACACCAAGUGCCUGCGCCAGUUCAUAAUAAUAAAGUCACAGCUAUAGACACUCCUCCCGAUGAUAAUAUUAUGGCAUCUAUUUCACAUGAUGGUAAAAUUGUGCUAACUACUCCAAAUAAUGGCAGGGUAGUCAGCCAGAUGACAGCAGAAGUAGACUUAGAAAUAGUUACGUUUUCAAAAGACCUUCAGUUCCCAUAUCUUGCCACAGGUACACUAACGGGAGCAGUAGACAUAUGGGAUGUACCUCGGAGAAUGAAGCGCCAUCAAUGUACGAAAGCUGGGUCCAGUCCCGGGAUCACCAGAAUGACCUGGGUGAACAGGCUUCUUGUCACAGGCUGUCUUGAUGGCUCCGUACGGGUGUACGAGGGCCGGACAGGCGAAGAGUGCCAGAAGUUCACAGGCCACCUAUCAGAAAUCCUAGAUCUACGUUAUAGCGCGAAAACAAACUUAAUAUUAACUGCCUCAGACGACGGAACAGCUAGGUUAUACAAAUUAGAUGUAAACAGCGGCAAUGACUAA